AGGAAAGCCAAGAAACAGAGGACGAGGAGGAAGAGGAAGAAGAUGAUGCAGUUACUGGUAUAUUUCGCUCAACUGGACAACAGCACGCUCGCACUUCCUCCCUCUCCACCACAGACUCCUCUGAUGCUGAGUUGCCCGCCCCGCGUCCCGCCACCAACAGGCGCCAACAACCGACCAAAAAACGCCAGAAACCGCCAUCACCAGACGUCACGGAGAGCGCAACAGAAUCUGAGACAGAAGAGGAGGAGCAACAGUCGGAUUUGGUACCUGUUAGAAAGCAGUCGAAUAGAAAGACUGGCGCCUCGAAGAAGACCCCGAUGAAUGCUAAAAAACCGCAGCCGUCUGAAGACUUGUUACUCCUGGACUUUGAUG